AUGAUUAAGGUCUUCAACAUGCCAGACAACCAUUCCAAGAAAUUGGCGGGACAAAACAUUCUAAUCAUAGAGGGAGACUUUAAAGCUAAAAGCCCGCGCUGGGGCUAUAAAAAGGAACACAACAAGGGACGAGGCAUCUGCACGGCGGCAGAAAACACCGGGUGCGAGCGGCUAACCGAUGAAAACCAGCCGACUAGACAGGGAAACAGCGUCAGUCCAGACACGUGUCCCGAUCUAACCCUUAUUAGGGGCGCCAAGCAGGCAGAGUGGGAAAACGUGCUCGAGAACCUUGGCAGCGACCACCAAAUAAUAAGGGUCAGCAUGGUGGUGGACAAUGUCAAGAGGAAAAUUGGUACGGCUCGGCUGACGGAUUGGGACGCCUUUAGAGCACACUGUCGACAGCUAAAGGGUAACAUUACCUCGAUAAAAAAAUGGAGCCAACAACUCAAGCAAAUUCAGGAAAUGUACAAGCAAGAAGUCCACAGAACGGAACAAACACCGGAGGUAGACAAGCGGCUCCUCAGGCUCUGGCAGGCUAGAUGCGGGCUCACCAAGAGAUGGAAAAGACAAAAGCUAAAUAAGAAGCUAAAGAAGAAGAUAGCGGACAUCACUAGGCAGACGGAGGAGUACGCGACGCAGCUGGCCAGACAGGGGUGGCAACAGUUUAGCAACUCGCUGAACGGGACCCUAAGUACUGCCAAAACGUGGCGCAUCCUCAAGGCCCUAAUGGACCCUAGCAAGAACAAGUCCGAAAGCGGCAAAUCGACCCAAAGACUGGUCUACCAGUACGAAGAUUUCGAAGAGCAGCUCCUGAAAGAAGUCCGAGAAAAAUGCUACGGGAAAGACCAAAUCGAAGGUUACAAAGGAGAUUAUCUCAGUGAGGAAAACCUGGACAUGGACCGACCCAUCACGAGAGAGGAGGUCACCGAAGCCGUGAGAGUGGCCACCAAGAAUACAGCGGCGGGAGCGGACAACAUUCGAAACUCGCUCAGAAGAAGCCUAAGCGACGAGGCUAUCUAUCAGCUGACGUCGUACCUCAACAAGCUCUGGGAUGAGGGGAAGGUACCGGCGGAAUGGAAACAUGCCGUCGUGGUCAUGAUACCCAAGUCGGCAAGAACCUACAGAUCAAGAAUCUCAGUCCAAUCUCGCUUACGUCGUGCCUGGGAAUACUAUGAGAGAAUAGUCAUCAGAAGGAUCCAGCAGCACUUGGAGAACCGGACGUGGUACCCUGACAGCAUGUAUGGCUUCAGGGACAACCUAUCGACUCAGGACGUCCUCCUACAACUGAAAGAGGAGGUACUCGACACAAUGCCCAAGGCGGGUGAAGACGUGAUGGCGCUCGACAUCAAAGGCGCCUUCGACAACGUCAGCCACGCUGCCAUAAUGGAGGGCCUCAACAACACCAACUGCGGAAGGGCAGCAGGAAAUGCAGCCACACCAUCAGGCUGCUGA